AUGAUUGUUGACGAAGCCAUUAUAUUAAUUGAAGAAAUUGAAUAACCUAUGAUUUAAGAAGCAUUUUUAUCAUAAGAAUAUGAAAUGCCUGGGAAUAAAUCAAGUAGAAUGGUGAUAUUUCCUCCACAUUUUUAUUUUGGACUUGAAGAUAAAAGAAAUGCAUUAAAUUAUAUUGCUCAUGCUAAGGAUGGAAUUGAGUUUAAUAUAUAAAUAGGAUUUGAAAUAAAGGAUGAAAAAGCUUCAAUUCUCGUGAUCUGCAAUUCAUUGAAUGCAAAUCUUGACUAAUCGUAAUUUUUAAUAGUAUAAAAUAGGAAAAUUUAUAAAUUAUCUAGUACAAUAUUUUUUAAAAAAACAAAAAAAUAAAAAGAUGUAAAAUUGGAAACAAAGGAGAUUAUAUUAAGAAUACCUUUAACAUAGAAAUAAAAAGAUGUUUAAUUAUGUUUGAUGAAUGAAAUUUUAAUAGAAGUAGCACCAAAAUACAAUAGUCGUGAUGAAGUAGGUUUUACUGGAAUUAUUAAUAAUGCUGCUACAUGUUAUAUGAAUAGUGUAUUUUAAAUUUUGUUUAAUUUGGGAAUAGUUUAAAAGCUAGUUUAUUCAAUAGAAUCUGAUUAACAUAAUUAAUUUCCAUGCACUGUAUUAAUUUAUUAAUAUUUAGUUAUAAUCCUUAUUUUAUAAUCUUAAACAUAGUAAGAUAGCUAUAUCAACUUAAGAGAUCAUCAAAUCAUUUAAAUGGGAUGUUGAUUAAUAAGCAAUUUAAUAGGAUGUUUAAGAAUUUAUAAUGGAAUUAUUGAAAGCAUUAGGAACAAAAGCUCCAUAAAUUGAAAAUGAAAUUAACUUUUUCUUUUAGGGUAUUCUAGAAAAUCAUAUAAAAAAUGAAUAUUUUGAUAAUAAAAAUUAAGAAUAGUUUAUGGAUAUUCAACUUAAUAUUACUAAUUCUUUAAAAGAAUCACUUGAUUUAUUUGUUGAAUAUGAACCAUUAGAUUCUUAUAUUCAUGAAGAAUUAGGCAGUUAAGAAGCAAUAAAGUUUCAUAAAUUUAAAAAACUACCUCCUAUUUUACUUAUAAAUUUAAAGAGAUAUUAAUUUGAUGGAUAAGGAUUUACUAAAAAUCAUGAUAGUUUUUAAUAUGAUAAUUUAAUUAAUUUUAAAAAUUAUUUAAUAGAUGAAUAAGAUAAAUUUUAUGAAUUGUAUGCUGUAUUAGUUCAUAGAGGAGAAGCUAUAAAUCAUGGUCAUUAUUAUUGUUAUAUAAAACCAUUUUUUAAAUCUUUAUAAUGGUUUAAAUUCGAUGAUAAGUUUGUUACUAGAGCAACAUAAAAGGAGGUAUUCUAAAAUAAUUUUGGUGGUUAAUAUUAAUUACCAGAAUAUAAUGAUGAUUUAGGUGAAGUUAUUGUAGAAAAUAAAAAUAAUCCAGAAACAGCUUAUAUGUUAGUUUACUUAGAAAGUAACAAUCCAAAUUUAUUAUCUUUUCCAGAAAAUUAUCCUGAAUGGAUUUUGAAGUAGGAAUAAAAGAUUAAUGAUUUGUAAUUUGAAUAAAAGAAUUAUAUUUCAACAUAUUUAUUCUCUAUUAAUCAUUUAAAUAUAAAUUAUAAUUCCUAAAUUAAAUUAGGAAUUAUAUUUCAUAGAUAGGCAUCAAACUAAUCAAUCGAGUUGAAUGCAAUUGAAGCCUUUUUUGAUUAAUAUACAACUCCUUUAAUUAUACCUAAAAUUAUUACAGUUUAACAAAUCAUAGAUUAAUUAUGUGAAAAAAUAAAUAUAAAUAAGAAUAAUGCUCAUUUGUUAAUUUAUAGAAUUACACAACUUAAACCAAAUUUAGAAUCUGUAAUUUUAAUGUAACCAUAAAAAUUAUUAACUUUUUAUUUAGCAAAUAAAUAUUAUCAAAUGGCUUUGAUGCUUAUUUCAACAAAUCCAGAAGAUUAAUAAUUAAUAAAUAACUAUUUAAGUUUAGAUAAAAUUAAACUAGAAUAGAAUAUUUGUAAAAGUAUUAAAGAAUAAAAAAUAAUUGAAAAUAAAAUAAUUAUAUUUAUGAAAACCGUAAAUAAUUUGGUAGUUUUAUUUUAAUAAGUUCUAAUUUUAAAUAAAGAUGAAAAUAUAGAGGAUCAUAUAAAUAAUUUAUUCAAUCAAGAUCUUAAAGUUAAUAUUUUAUACUAAAAUGAUAGUAUGUAAAUUAAAUAGUCUUCUAAAUUUAAAAAUACGGAAUAUUAUUAAGCCUAUUUAGAUUAUGACUUUAAAUUUUGGUCUAAGAUUUUUGAAAUAGAGAAUAUGAAAGAAGUUUUAAUUCGAGUUGUAAAUGAAAAUCAUUAUAUUUCCUAAUUAUUUAAUAAGGAAGAUUCUACUUAAAAACUUUUAGAAUAUUUAGCUUAAUUAGAGGAUUGCCAUCCUGAUAAUAUAUAAAUUAAAUAUAAAGAUAAAAAAGGUAAUUAUUAAAUCUUACAAUAAUAAUAAAUAAAAAUAGAUGAAAUUACUUAAUAUGAUAACAAUAUAACUUAUAAAUAGACAGUUAUUCCUGUAGGAGCCAUGAAAGAAUAAAUUAGUUUUUAAGUUGGAAAUUAAACAUACAUAAUUUAAAAGAGUAUGAAUUUUAUGGAAUUUAUGGAAUAAGAAAAUCUAAAAGAAACUCUUCCUUUAUUAAUAUCUAAAAAAGAUUAAAAAGCUGCUUGGGUUUUACUUGAUCAUAAUGCCAAAAUUUCUAAGACUAUUUCUAAAUAUAAUAUUAGAUUUAUGAAACCAUUAAUUUUAGGUAAUGAUAUUUAUGUGAUUUGCUUUUUAUAAAGUGUAGAAAUUAUUUUAUUAUGUAAUCCUUUACUACUUAAUAUAUCCAAAACAUGUACAAUAGCUGAAAUUACAAAUUUUAUCAUUGAGAAUUUAAGUUAGAAUCCAAUUACAUAUAAAACAUAAUAAAUAUUAAUUACUUAAGAUGCCAUUUAUAGUACUGAAGAUUAGAAAACAUAGACAUUUGAUUUGUAAUUAAGAAUUAAAAUAAAUAAUGAAGAAGUUUCAUAAAAUAUUUCUGUUUAAGUAGGCUCUUUAAUUUCUGAAGAAAAAUAGAUUACACUUAUAAUAACAUUUUUAACCAUUAGAGAUACUAAGAAUGAUAAACUUAGAUAAAAAGGAGUUUAAAUUCUUUGA